AUGGCCCUCUACCAGAUCAAAGACCUUGCCAAUGACCACAGAAUAGCAAAAAGGGCUUUAGAUGUCUGCCCACCACCGGAAAAACUAACACAAGCACUUUCAGUGGUCGUACAGAAGUGGAGGACAAAAUCUGGGGUAGACAAUGACCGGAGAGAUCUGGAUAUGAACAGCCAAGAUGUUGAUGCUGAGAAGAUGACUCAUUUCAUUCGAAGAAACGAGCUCCGCCUGGUGACAGAGUACAACCCUGUGACAGCAAUAGGUGUGAUGCAGAGUUCUCUCCAUCUUAACCUCCUCCUGAUCACAGACAAGAUGUCCCCAAAGCACCCUGAGCGAAUGCGCGGGUAUCGGGCGGCAGCAGAGCUCUUCAAGGGGAAGAUUCUCUUUAUCCUGGUAGACAGCAAUUUGAAGAGCAAUGAACGAACAGUGUCAUUCUUCAAACUGAAGAAGUCCCAGCUGCCAGCUCUGGCUAUAUUCCACACACCAGAUGAGGAGCAGGAUGUGUUGACUCUGGAUGAAGUCUCUGUUGAGCGUGUACAGGACUUCUGUAAUCGUUUCUUACAAAGAGUGCAGAAGAAAGAAGAGGAGCCUGAGGAGAAGGCCCUCAAUGAGGAGCUCUGA